CUCUGACUCCUACCACGUUCUGUCGAAUUCUUUUAUAGCAUAUACAUAGCACUCAACAGCGAAAACAGCGCAGAAAGGUGCCCAGUUUUCUGCAUUUGUCACUUACACCCAUUUCAACAAUGUUGGCGACGGCGUCGACCCUCAAAUUGUCUUCUAGAGUAGCGAGACGUGCUAUUGUUGUUGGUGGACAGCGCCAAGGAAGUAUCCAGGCCGUGCGCAGGACGUCUGCUCGUGGCAUACAGUCUGUUGCUCAGACGGAUAGGGAAACCAUUACUCGACUUCUCUAUUCCCUCGGCAGCAAGCGCGAGGUCGAGCGCCAUCUGCGCAUCUUUUCAUCGUCAUCGCACCCUUCACAGCCUGCCAAGUUCGCUGUCAUCAAGGUUGGGGGUGCUGUACUUGAUCAGCUGGAUGAGUUGGCUUUGAGCCUGAGCUUUCUGUACCGUGUUGGGUUAUAUCCUGUCGUUAUUCACGGAGGUGGACCGCAGCUCAACGAGAUCAUCGAGCGUUCCGGGGUUACGCCUGAAUACAUUGAUGGAAUCCGAGUCACGGAUGCAAAAGUACUUCAAGUUGCUCGUCGUGUCUUCCUCGAGGAGAAUCUCAAACUGGUCUCGGCUCUUGAAGCCCUAGGCACUCGUGCACGUCCUAUCACCUCCGGUGUCUUCACGGCCGACUUCCUUGACAAGGAGAAAUAUGGGCUCGUAGGAAAAAUCACGAAAGUCGACAAGAGGCCGAUAGAGGCUUCUAUCAGGGCGGGGGCGCUGCCCAUCCUUACCAGUCUCGCUGAAUCGGCGGACGGCCAGAUCCUCAAUGUGAAUGCGGAUAUAGCUGCGGGCGAACUGGCAAAGGAAGUCGAGCCUAUGAAAAUUGUCUUUCUGAACGACAAGGGUGGUCUGUUCCAUGGUGUUACUGGCGAGAAGCUCUCAGUGAUCAACUUGGACGAGGAAUAUGAGACCUUGAUGAAGGAGCCUUGGGUUAAGUACGGAAUCAAGCUCAAGCUUCGUGAAUUCAAGGAACUCCUUGAUCAUCUUCCGCGCUCAACAUCCGUGGCUGUCAUAUCAGCAUCUUCUCUUCAAAGGGAGCUCUUCACCGAUGAUGGUGCUGGAACUCUCAUCCGUCGUGGUUACAAACUUUUCAGACAUUCCUCCAUAGAUGGUAUUGGCGCUGACAGGUUCCGUCAAGUGAUUCACGACCGUGACCCCGAGGUUCUUUCAGGGGAUCAAAGCGUCACCGGGGUUCUUAGCGAGCUAAAGGAAACUCCACACUCCAUCUAUGGCGAUGAACCUCUCGAUGUCGUUGCAGUUGUCUCCCACCCUGAAGGCGAAACCCCCGUCAUGACCAAGCUUCUUGCUUCCCGAAAUGGAAUACUGAAUAACGUCGUAGACAACGUUUUCAGCGCCAUCAAAAAGGAUCACCGAAGACUCUUCUGGACUGCUCAAGCUGACGAUGAAAAUCGGGCAUGGCAUUUCGAACGUGCGGACGGAAGCUUUACGCGAGCAGGCAAGAGUCUCUUCUGGUAUGGUGUUCAGGACGUCCACGAAGUGGAGAAGAUUGUGAAGGAUUUCGAAGCGAAGGGUAGGAUCCAGAGGUCCUACCUCCCUGUUGGUCCUUCUCAGGCUUCUCGAGUCAGCGCAGGCGUAUCUCCUGCUGGUACUCGUUCAUUCUCCACCUCCGCUAGACGUAUACUUGUGCCCGGAUCAGUUCGUGGAUACGCGACUGCUGUCCCUUCUGCUCCAGUCACAACUGAGAUCAAGCGUCUAGGAUUGAUCGGUGCUCGCGGCUUCACUGGGCAAGCACUGACCAGCCUGCUGUCGCAUCAUCCUUAUUUGAACCUCACACAUGUCUCUUCGCGUCAAUUGGCCGGCCAUCCCUUGGACAACUAUACCAAGGCCCCCGUUACCUACACUGAUCUGUCAGCUGAUGAUGUAGAAAAAAUGGAAAAGGAUGGUGAGGUGGAUGCUUGGGUCAUGGCACUGCCAAACGGUAUUUGCAAACCAUUCGUGGAUGCUGUCGACCGUGGGUCCAAGGAGAGAAAGGUUGGUUCAGAAAGUGUUAUCGUGGAUUUGAGCGCCGAUUACAGGUUUGAGGAAGGGUGGGUUUAUGGACUUCCUGAACUAUAUGGCCGCAAUGCGAUCCGGUCCUCCAAGCGGAUAUCAAACCCAGGAUGUUAUGCUACAUCUGUGCAGAUGCUCGUUGCGCCCUUGGUUAAUUACAUCAAGCCUGGUGUGUGGCCGACUGUAUUUGGUAUUUCUGGCUAUAGCGGGGCAGGGACCGUUGCUGCGACGGACUCUGAUGGUCGACCAAUCAGUAUACCCAAAGUCGAUCCCUCCUCUCUUGGGGGUGGCGUACGUCCGUACUCGUUGACAGAUCACAUCCAUGAACGUGAAGCAGGACGACAUCUGUCCAGCUUGGCGUCGUCUCCUAUUAAAGUGGCUUUCAUUCCCACCGUGGCGCCGUGGUUCAGCGGCAUCAUUUCGACGCUUUCGAUUCCUCUCAAAGAGAACUUGACGGCUAAGGAGGUUGCAGAUCUGUAUCACAAAAAGUAUGAUGAUGAGAGUCUGGUGAAGAUCCAAUCGCAAGUUCCUACUCUCCCAGACAUUGAGGGCAAGCACUCUUGGACUGUUGGAGGGUUCCAAGUGCACAGUGAAGGAGAUAGAGCUGUCGUAGUCGGUGGUUUGGAUAACCUUCUCAAGGGUGCGGCAACACAGUGCUUGCAGAAUUUGAACAUAGCACUCGGUUACGAUGAAUACGCAGGCAUCUUAACCGAUUAAAUAACAUCUGCCGGCGUAUAUUCGGUGGAUCAUUACCAAAAAAACAAAAAAGUAUUGUAUUGAGAGGUCAUAUUUCGCGUGCAACAAAGCUUUCUUGUUGUAUAAAGAGUAGACGAG